AUGUUCGCGUCCUCUGGCACACAGCUGCCCCACAAGCCCAUCGCCAGCAUUUUCUGGCGUCUCCACCUAACAGACCCCCCGAAUGAUAUUUCUCAUGCUCUCUUGCUUCUGUGGCCAUUCCCAAAAUAUGAACAAAAUGGUUAUGGCGAUGGUAGUGGCAAUGAUAAUCAUGACAAGUCUUCAUGCAGGCUGCUCUCUGCGGCGCUCAAGGAAAAGCGCGCGCAGACGCACGCAGGCGCUCUCUCUCACGCGUGCAUGCCUGCACACAGAUUUGCAAACGCAUGCUCUCCAGGCGUGCCAAGGUAG